AUGUGCGACAAAAAACGUUUCGACUGCGAAAACUCCACCAUCGAGGCUUAUUUUUGCAAAGGGUGCACCUUCCAAACUGACCUGACUCUUCUCUUCAAGCACCACAGACACGCUAAAAGUGACAACGAAAACUACACAAUUCAGACGUACGUUUGUGAAGAUUGUAACUUUGAAACAAACUUCUCGUUGAAAUACCUUCAACAUACAACGUUGUGUUUGGCGAAUGAAAAUAAAAUAAGCGAGCUAUACAGACACAGAUGUACCAAGUGUCCGUACAUAUCCAAGUACAAAUCAAACUUAAGGAAACACACGAUUUCGCGUCACUUGAAGCACCAAGACAUCAAGUGGUACGAAUGUACAAAGUGCCCCUACAUAAGCAAAUUCAACUACAAUGUAAUGAAACACAACAGGAUUCGACACACCGAUAAAAACCCAAAAUGGUUCAAAUGCAAGAAGUGUCCCUUCAAAAGCAAGUACAAGUCGGCUUUAACAAGCCACUUAAAAGUGCGUCAUGUGGAUACCACAAAUAUUAAAUGGUAUGAAUGCAAGUUAUGUCCGUACACAACCACAGUCCUGUUCAAUUUGCAAAGUCACAACAUCAAUCGCCACCUAGACCACCAAAAAAUCAAGUGGUUUCGCUGUGAGGAGUGCCCCCAUAAAGCUAAAAGCAAAUCGGCGCUAAAAACCCAUGUAAUCGCGCGACACUUGGACGAGCACGACAUUCACUGGCACGAAUGUGAAAAGUGCCCAUACCGAGCCAAACAACGUUCAAAUUUAAAUAGACACAUGAUUACCCGUCAUAUGAGUGACGGUGGUGGUGAUAAACAGAGCAUUGAGUGGUACGUAUGCAACCAGUGCACCCUUAGAACUAAGUAUAAGUCGGUUUUUAAAAGACACAACAUUGUACGUCAUGGAGAUGUUAAAUUGUACGAAUGUAAAGUGUGUCCGUACAAAACCAAGGACAAUUAUGAUUUGAAGGAUCACAUCAUCAGGUACCAUGUGGUCGGGCUGAAAAUGAAAAAGUAUGAGUGCGAAAAGUGUCCAUAUAGGACUCAACGGGCUUCAAAUUUGGAAGCACACGUAGCAAAACAACAUUCGGUUGAAGAUAAGUCGGGGAAAAUCGAGUUAAAGAGCGACAUAAAUGCGCGGAUGAAGAGAUUGUUAAAUGUAGCGACUGCAAAAUAA